AUGUCGAUACACAGCGUCAGACGUGAACAAUGUCAUUUGGCCUGGGAUAACAGUAUCGCCCCCGUUGUCCGAAUUCAAUCGGGUCAAACGGUGGAUUUCGACUGUCUCGAUGCGUCAAACGGACAACUGGAGCCUAAUUCGACUACCGCUACGUUGGACUCCCUCGUUUUCUCCCAGCUAGACCAAGUGAACGGGCCUGUGUAUGUCGAAGGUGCCCAGCCAGGCGACACCCUCCAAGUAGAUGUGCUGUCCAUCAAAACUGGAGGAUGGGGAUGGUCAGCUCUCAUCCCUGGCUUCGGUCUCUUAGCCGAUGAAUUUCCUGAACCGGCGCUGAAAUUGUGGAAGUUGGACCAGGCCGGAGGAUUUGCUUGGUUUGACCAAGCAAAGGGCAUCAAGAUACCUCUUAGGCCUUUCGCUGGCGAGAUGGGGGUUGCAAGGGGUGUGAAGGGGGCCUUCUCGACAAUACCGCCGUACAAUACGGGCGGAAACGUCGAUACAAAGCACUUGACAGUUGACUCAACCUUGUUCCUCCCAAUAGAAGUGGAGGGUGCCCUGUUUUCUAUAGGAGACGGACAUGCUGCGCAAGGGGAUGGUGAGGUUUGUGGAACAGCAAUCGAGACGCCAAUGAAAGUGACUGUCCGUCUCACUGUGCGGAAAGAUCGGCCGUAUACAAAGACUCCUCAUUUCUCUACCUCCGUCUCAGACAAAGAUGAGCAAUAUUACUGCACCACGGGCGUAGAACCAGGUAUGUAUCUGGAUUAUGUUACCCAUUGGACCUCUUCUGACACAUCCCGCCCGUGCGAGCUAGACAUGCGAAAAGCCGCACAGUCUGCGGUCAGACAAAUGAUCGACUUCCUGUGCGCAGAGCAUAAAUUGCAUAGAACGGAGGCCUACAUGCUAUGCAGCGUUGCUGGAGAUCUUCGACUGCAUGAGGUGGUUGAUAUGCCGAACUAUGUUGUGGGCAUGAUGAUGCCCCAAUCAAUAUUCGGUCACGCCUCUUGA